AUGGAAACCAAAGAUUAUAAGGACGAUAAGGCUGAAGACAAACGUCAUAUCAGAGCUUUCAGUGAAGCUAAAAGUUAUGCAGGACACGAAAAGGCAAGUGCUAAGGACGACGACGAAAGCAGCGCGGAAAUACCGGAAAGCGAUCUAGUCGAUAAGGUCAUCACAUACUUUUUCGAAAACGAUGAUUUUGCACAUUCUUUCGAGACUUUUGCCGAACGCCAUUGUCAUGUUUUUGAUCUGAACAGCGAUGAAAUGAAACUUGAGUACACGGAUAUCUAUAACAAAUUUCUCGCUCUUUUUGAAACAAAACUUGAAGCGUAUAUCCAAUCUCAGGGAGCAACUGUGCAUGAGUUUUACAAUCUUGUGCGCCAUGCUUACAAGGUCGAUCGUGAAUCCGGAACUGUAUUGUGCUCUGAGAUUCUCGUUGCCACUGCCGACUUUGACGUGUUUGUGCAAAUGAUGCGUCAAACCAAAGAGACUUCACUGCUCCGCAAGAGAUAG